AUGGCUACGGUCUUUGCCAGGUUCUGGGCCAGCGUGUUUUUGGUGAGUUUGGCGGCCGCUGGCCCACGUGGCGCUUUGGAAAGAUUCCCGCCGCAGGUCCUCCAUGCCACAUCUUUCGUAGAUAACUUCGAUUUCACGACCAACGGUACUUUCCAGCAAAGGAUCUUGAUGUACAGGGACUGGUGGACGACAGGGAAGCCGGUGCUGCUCUUCUUUGGAGGAGAGGGCUCGGUUGAAGGCUUCUACAACGCUACAGGUGCGAUUUUCGAACAUGCAGUAGCCUUGAAUGCAAUGGUGGUUUUUGUUGAGCACCGUUGUUAUGGGAAAUCCCUUCCUGAAGUUCCUUUGAGUCGUUGCCUCCGGCGGCUUACGGUGGAGCAAGCUCUGGCGGAUGUCGCCUGGUACAUCGUGAAGCUCCGUGAGCAGCUAAACUGUAAAAGGAAGGAGUGCGCUUUUAUCACCCUUGGGGGCAGCUAUGGUGGCAUGCUGGUUGCGUGGUUCCAGCAGAAGUACCCUCACCUUAGCGCCGGUGGCAUUGCCUCCUCGGCCCCCAUCGAUUUCUACCCCCAUGAUGGACGACAAGAUGCUUUCUGGUCCGCAACGCUGCACACGUUUGAAACUUUUGGAAGUCGGGCGUGCGCGCAUGAGUUGAACAAUUCUCUCCAGUUGUUGCGAAGCACAUCUGACUCGCCUCAAGGGCGAAGGCGCCUCGGAGAACUCCUCGGUUCUUGUGACCCGCUCCUAGAAGAGGUGACUGCUGGCAGCAAGGUGGAUUUCUUCGUUCGCGGAGCAGUGAGCACCCUUGCCAUGCUUGACUACCCUGUGGCCAGUGACUUUGUAACGAAACUGCCGGCAAACCCUGUAAAGGCUGCUUGCCAAAGAUUGGCUGGAACUGGGAAUCCACUUGAGGGGCUCAAAGCGGUCUUGGACUUAUUCUUGAACGCAACUGGCACCUACCGGUGCUAUGAUUUCUUGGCAGAGAUGGUCGGUCGCCCCACAAACGGAACCCUGCAUGGGCCAUCUACCCCGCCAGACAUGGGGCCAUGGCAGUAUCAAGCUUGCAAUGAAUUGCCAAUGCAAUCCCUCACAACCGAUGGUAUGGGAUUUUAUCCCGCUGCUGAUGGGCAGUUGUCGGAAGUGUCGGAUUCCUGCAACCUUCGUUAUGGCAUUCGCCCCAGAACUUCGUGGCUUCAAGUGAACUUCGGAGGCAGUGACCUGCAUGUUGGCCAUUUGCUCUUCACCAAUGGGGAGAAGGAUCCAUGGCGAGUUGGUGCGCCGAAGCCAGAGAGGAUUGGAGAGGCUUUGGACAUACAUCAGCAUCUGAUCCCUGGUGCAGCUCACCACGAGGACUUGCGCUUUGAUGCCGCUCCUCCCCGGCCUUUGGUGUCUCUGGCGAAGCAGAAGGCAAGGGCUCUCAUGCAGCGCUGGAUCGCUGACUUUCAGCGGAAACCCACUGCCGAGCAGCUGUUGCUGGCAUAA